CAAAAUUAAGUACCUUCUAGGUAGAAUUUAUUUAUUUUAAACAAAUCAGCGUAUUAUAUAAGAAACUUCAACACAAACCCAUUAUUAUUCCUCACACGCAUAAAGAAAAGAAAUAAAGAUCCUAUUUAAUACUAUUCCUGAGAUUUACAUAGAAAAAUAAGGAACAAGUUUAUAAGAAAAGGGGAAAUUAAUCACAAUCAUUAUGGCUUAUCCUUAUAAUCAACCGCAACCGUCCUCAGCUCCUAUGAUGCCGCCACUCCCAACCGUAAUAUUCGGCCCUCAAUAUUGUGCUCCAUAUCCACUGGAUCUUGCGGUGGUGAAAAAAGUUAUGACCAUUUCAGACGGAAACUUUGCCGUCACUGAUGUUAACGGCAACAUCGUUUUCAAAGUCAAAGGUUCUCUUUUAACCCUCCGUGAUCGCCGUGUCUUGGUUGAUGCCGCCGGUUACCCCAUCGUCACCCUACGCCGGAAGAUAGUGACUAUGCAUGAUCGGUGGGAAGCUUAUAGGGGUGAAAGCACAAAUGCUAAAGAUCUUAUAUUUACAUUGAAGCGAUCCUCCUUAAUCCAAUUUAAGACCAAAUUAGAUGUCUUUCUAGCUAGUAACACAAAAGAAAAUGUAUGUGAUUUUAAGGUCAAAGGUAGUUGGUUCGAACGAUCUUGCAUUGUUUAUGCCGGUGAAUCUAACAAUGUUGUUGCACAGAUGCACAAAAAGCACACUGUAAAGAGUCUUUUAAUUGGUAAAGACCAUUUCAUGGUCACGGUUUAUCCCAAUGUUGAUUACGCUUUCAUAGUAGCAUUAAUUGUAAUUCUUGACGAGAUUAACGAUGAUGAAGCUAGCGAUUAAAGGAAAGUUAUAUAGUUCUAUAUUUCAAUGUAUUGUAUUAGUAAAUUAAAGGGUGGGGCAGAUUAUAGACUCAAUUCAUUCCUAGUUUCAAUAGGUGUGAUUGUGCUUAUUAGUCGAUCUAUUUAUUAAUUUUGUAAUUAUGUUGUUUUUAGUUUCAAAUGACCAAUUUUGCUUCCCCUAAUUUUUUUCUA